AUGGAAGCAGAUAACCAUACUUUGGUGAGAGAAUUCAUUCUCCUCGGCCUGUCCAGUGACUGGGACACUCGGGUUGCUCUCUCUGUCCUGUUCUUGAUUAUGUACCUGGUGACAGUGCUGGGGAACUGCCUCGUUAUUCUUCUGAUCAGACUGGGCAGUCGACUCCACACUCCCAUGCAUUUCUUUCUCACCAACCUCUCCCUUGUUGAUGUCUCUUAUGCCACAAGCAUUGUCCCUCAGAUGCUGGUGCAUUUUCUUGCAGAACAUAAAGGAAUCCCAUAUGUGAGCUGUGCAACCCAGUUAUUUUCCUCCCUGGGCCUGGGUGGGACUGAGUUUGUUCUACUGGCAGUGAUGGCCUAUGACCGCUAUGUGGCUGUGUGUGACCCCCUGAGAUACUCGGUCAUCAUGCAUGGAGGGCUCUGUACUAGGUUGGCCAUCACAUCCUGGGUCAGUGCCUCUGUCAACUCUCUCAUGCAGACCACCAUCACCUUUCAGUUGCCCAUGUGUACGAACAAGUAUAUUGAUCACAUAUCCUGCAAACUCCUAGCUGUGGUCAGACUGGCCUGUGUGGACACCUCCUCCAGUGAGAUCGCAAUCAUGGUUUCUAGUAUUGUUCUGCUUAUGACUCCUUUCUGCUUGGUUCUGUUGUCCUACAUCCAGAUCAUCUCCACCAUCCUAAAGAUCCAGUCCACAGAGGGGAGAAAGAAAGCCUUCCACCCCUGUGCCUCUCACCUCACAGUAGUUGUACUGUGCUAUGGCAUGGCCAUUUUCACUUACAUCCAACCACGCUCCAGCCCCUCUGUCCUUCAGGAGAAGUUGAUCUCUCUCUCCUAUGCCAUUUUGACGCCCAUGCUGAACCCCAUGAUUUACAGUCUGAGGAAUAAGGAGGUGAAGGGGGCCUUUCAGAAACUGCUAGGGCAAUUAUCUGGAUUAACGUCAACACUGGCAACUGGAUGA